AUAUAUAAUGUGACCCAUUCGCACGACUUUUCCUUCCUCGACUUUUCAGUGCGGCCACCCAAUAUGGAUCAUCACUACUACUACGACAGUUAUACAAUAGAGUACUUAUUAAACCCUAAGUAGUAUCCAAUAUGAGAGCAGAUAAUCACAAGUUCUUAAAGGAGUUCACCGAGGUACUAACCACCAAUAAUGGGAAAAGCUCAGUAUACCUCACACAAAAGAGGUUGAAGCCUUCUUUGGACCUUGAAGAAUCAUCACAAGAUCAAUAUCCAAUUUUAAUAAGAGUGACUAUGAAUGGUAAAGAUAAGAAAGAUACUAAGAAAGAUAAGCUUAAAUUAUCAACUGUUGUUGAUACUGGUGAUUUAGAUCAGUUUUGGCAAGAAUAUAUUCAAAUCAUCAAGAAUGGAUUUGUUGGUUUAAAGAAGAAGGAAAAGAAAAAGAGCAAAAAGGGGAAAGUUAGUAAAUAAGUUAUGGGCAUUAUUUGUAACUUUUCUGAUGUUGUUAUGAUCUUUAUGUAUAAAUAG